CUUUGGUAGCUUCCUCCCCCUCCUCCUUGUGGUCCUCCGCAGAGAGCAGACGGCCACCGGCAGCGGGAUACAAAUUUCGCGCGGGCAGAGCUCAGGUGGGCCGUAAAGAGGCGCGGACCGGAAGUGGUGGUUGUCAUAGCUACCGAGGGGGCCAGCCUCUUCCCGGUCUUUUCCUCCUCCCCAUCCGCACUCCCACUCUGUUUUUAUGAGGCCAGCAAAACCGAACGAGGAAGUGCUGACGCACUGGCCCCCCAAAUAUAACCAGAUGCUCUAACGACUUUGUUGGCCAGUUGAUUUGGGAGAGGACCAGACCGGAAGUGGUAGUUCCCAUGGUAACCCCUGAGCGGGUUGCCUGGGAGAUGACCCCUUUCGGCCUCUUUGAAUCUCUGCUGUAGCGUCAGUUCUAAGGCCGAUCUAACAGAUCCUGUACUGUCUUCUGCCAUGAUUCCCGGGAAGUACCGCUCUGUUUCUGGACGGGCUACGAACAACGUGAACUGUGGGCUUCAUCUGGUUAUUCAAACAUCAUCGCUUCCUGAAAAAAACAAAGUUGAAUUCAAGCUACAUAAAGAAACACCAUCAUUCCCUGGUCGACUCUUACAGCAUGACCUUGAAAGAAACUACUCAAGUAGGCAAGGUGAACAUAUUAAUUUGGUGAGCUCGUCAAUGCCAUCAUUUCCUAUUCUCCAACGUUCUUCUGAAGAGAAAAUUCUUUACUCAGACAGGUUGACCCUAGAAAGGCAAAAGCUGACUGUAUGUCCUAUCAUCGAUGGGGAGGAACACCUGCGUUUGUUGAAUUUUCAACACAAUUUUAUAACUCGGAUCCAAAAUAUUUCUAAUCUGCAAAAGCUAAUAUUCUUGGAUUUAUAUGAUAACCAGAUUGAAGAAAUUAGCGGGCUUUGUACUCUGAGAUCCCUCCGUGUCCUUCUGUUGGGGAAAAACAGAAUCAAGAAAAUCUCAAAUCUGGAGAAUCUAAAAAGCUUAGAUGUCUUGGACCUUCAUGGAAAUCAGAUUACCACAAUUGAAAAUGUCAAUCAUUUGUGUGAUUUGAGAGUUUUAAAUCUUGCCAGGAACCUUUUAAGUCACGUUGAUAAUCUUAAUGGGCUGGACUCACUAACUGAACUUAACCUGAGGCACAAUCAGAUCACUUUUGUGAGAGAUGUGGAUAAUUUGCCCAGCCUCCAACGUCUGUUUCUCAGCUUCAACAAUAUAUCUACUUUUGAGAGUGUUUGCUGCCUUGCUGACUCUACUUCCCUCUCAGACAUCACUUUUGAUGGCAAUCCAAUAGCUCAAGAGUCAUGGUACAGACACACUGUCCUUCAGAAUAUGAUGCAGCUGCGCCAGCUAGAUAUGAAGAGAAUCACGGAAGAAGAAAGGCGUAUGGCGUCUGUUAUAGCCAAAAAAGAGGAAGAGAAGAAGCGGGAAAGUCAUAAACAGUCUUUGCUUAAGGAGAAGAAAAGGUUAACAAUUAACAACGUAGCUCGAAAGUGGGACUUACAACAACAGCGAGUAACCAAUAUUGCUACAAAUCAAGAUGGAAAAGAUUCUGACUCUCCUUCUCAGGACCCCUGUCAGGUGGAUGGAAGCACCAUCUCUGCAUUUCCAGAGGAAACAGGGUCUCUGGACUCAGGACUCAGCAAUGCUUUACAGGGUUUAUCUGUCACAGACACCUACCUUGUUGAAGUGGAUGGGGACACACUUUCCCUGUAUGGCUCAGGAGCGCUAGAGUCUCUGGAUCGGAACUGGAGCGUUCAGACAGCAGGAAUGGUGACAACAGUGUCCUUCACUUUCAUAGAAUUUGAUGAAAUCGUCCAAGUGCUUCCCAAAUUGAAGAUUAAGUUUCCUAAUUCUCUGCACCUUAAAUUCAAGGAAACAAAUCUUGUAAUGCUGCAGCAAUUUAAUGCACUAGCACAACUCCGUCGCAUUGACCAGCUGACAGUUGAUCCUCAAGGAAACCCAGUUGUCAGCUUCACACUCUGGAAAUACUAUGUACUGUUUAGGCUGAGCCAUUUCAGUAUGCAGAAGAUAAAUGGAACUGAGGUGACACAGAAUGAUAUGAUAAUGGCUGAAAGGCUCUUUGGAAUCUUAGCACAUGUAGCAUCUUCCGAGUUACCCCAGUAUCGUCUGAUUUCAAUUCUGGGUGAUGCCAGGAAGAAGCAGUUCCGGUAUCUGCUAGAAAGCAAAGGGAAAAAACCUGGUAUUGUCAAUGAAGAAAAUAAUGAUAGCAAAAGACUUGCAGGAGAAAACACAAAUCGUGCUACACUUAAUUAUACCACAAGAGACUUUUAUAAUGAAAAACUAGAGGAAAUAAAGGAAAAAAAGAAAUUCUGCAAGACAUAUAUUGAGGACCUUGUGAAGGAAGCCACAGAGAUCAACAUGAAAAAUGAGGCUUUGCAGAAGCUUUGGCCACAGAUGUUCAUUGAGCUUGUUAGGGAUGCGGUCAUAGAAAUCCGCAAUAAAAAUUCCUACAUGAAGCUUUGCCUACAGAAGAUAACUGACCAAAAAUAGAAAUGACUUGUAGUUACAGAUGAUUUUAGCAGUUUUAUGUUUUUUAAGGUUGAAAAUAUGUAGGUUAAACAUGUUAAAACAACAACAACACUAUCCUACAAACUAGCAAGACUAGCAUCAAGCUAUUAUUGCCUACUGUUCUUGUAAUUAAAGGUUAGGAAGGAAAGAGAGAGAAAGGGAAGAUUAAUUUCCUACAUAUGUUGACCAGACAACAUUUGGGAACUAAGCAGUCUUCAGAGACAGCUUGGACCUUGAAUUAGCACUGCAUCUUCGGUUCUUGCUUUGAUUGGUGCCCCUGCUGUAGCCCAAAGCACGCAGUGUUUGCUCAUGGUUCAGCAUGAGUUGCUUUUACCUACUUUCAGCCGAAAAUUUCCAGUUGUUUGCCUUUUUAUUUUAUGUCAUGAUUUCAAAGCCAAAAAUAUGUUCUUUUUUAUGAGUAAAGAAUAAACUUAUUAAUAAAUUAGUAAAAAAAAAAAGUUUGCCUCCUUAA